AUGUUCGCCUACAUCGCCGUCGCUUGCCUGUUGGCCGUCGCUAACGCCGCUCCCUAUGGAUACGGCGGAUAUGGCGGAUAUGGACUUGGAUAUUCGGCGCCGAUCAUUUACUCAGCGCCGGCGAUCUCCACCGCGAGCUUGAUCAAGGCGGCCCCCAUUCCGGUGAUCAAGACGAUUUCGGCGCCAAUCAUCAGCGCACCCAUUGCUCCGAUAAUCUCCGCCCCCGUGCUGAAGACUGUCUCCACGCCGAUCAUCUCAACCGGCUACAGCCUCGGUAGCUACGGACUCGGCAGCUACGGCGGCUACGGCGGCUACGGCCUUAGCAGCUACGGCUUGGGUAGCUACGGUUUGGGUGGCUACGGAUUGGGCGGCUACGGCAAACAC